AUGGCCGACGAAGCAAAGAAACUCGAUUUACAGUUUCCAUCGUACAAAGACAAGUUUGUAAUUCCCUCAUUCGAGUCGUUGGGUAUCUCCAACCGCAACUUCUCGCCGCUGGACCCAUCAAUCUACUUCUGUGGAAAUUCGUUGGGUUUGAUGCCCAAAGCUACUAGAAAGGCAUUGGAGGACGAAUUGGACGCAUGGGGCGCUCGUGGUGUUGAGUCCCAUUUUAACCAUCCCGGGGAAGCCGCGGGCAAAACGUCGUGGGUAGACAUCGAUUUGCCAAUCGUGCCACUUUUGGCACCCAUUGUAGGAGCUCUUGAGUCGGAGGUGGCCGCCAUGGGAUCGCUCACUGCCAACCUAAAUGCGUUGUUGACGUCGUUCUACAAGCCGCAAAAUGGUCGCACCAAAAUUUUGUUUGAGAAACAGGCUUUUCCAUCCGACUACUAUGCGUUUCUCAAUAUGGUGAAGUUGCAUGGUUACGACGAAUCUCACUUGAUCCAACUUUCAGUUUCCGAGGGUUCCACAUACUUGAACACUCAGGACAUUUUGCGUGAGAUCGAGGCACAUAAGGACGAGCUUGCAUUGGUCUGCUUGCCUGGAAUCCAGUACUAUACUGGACAGUGCUUUGACAUGGAGAGAAUCACCAAAAGUGCCCAUCAACACGGGAUUACCGUGGGUUGGGACUUGGCUCAUGCGGUUGGAAAUGUUCCUUUGCGUCUUCACGACUGGGGUGUGGACUUUGCGGCAUGGUGCUCAUACAAGUACUUGAACUCUGGUCCCGGGGCCAUCGGAGGGAUAUUUGUCCAUGAAAAACACACGCAAAACAACUCCAAGAAUGACUUUCCGCCCAGGCUCGCAGGAUGGUGGGGAAAUAACAGUGCUGAUCGUUUUAAAAUGCUAGAGAUCUUUGACCCCAUCCAAUCUGCGUUGUCGUACCGUCAGUCUAACCCCAGUGUAUUAGAUUGCGUGGCCUUGAAGGCGUCGCUUGAAAUUUACAAAGAGGUGGGGGGAGUCGAGGCACUUCGCCGGAAAAGCGUGGAAUUGACCAAUUUCAUGGAGAGGUUGUUGAAGGAGUCUAAAUACUACUUGAAGGCCAAUGCGGAUUCCAAUGCUUUUGGCUUCAAGAUAUUGACUCCUGCUAACCUGGACGAGAGAGGCAGCCAGCUUUCCAUCUUAUUCCAGCCACAUCAUGAAGAGAGGGCUAGCAAUGUCAUGGAGAACGUCAACGAGUACCUCCACGAUCAUGCUAUCAUUUGUGACGAGAGACGCCCGGAUGUGAUCCGCCUCGCGCCGGUUCCCUUAUACAAUACCUUUGGAGAGGUUGUAAUUGUUGUACAACGACUCGUUGAAGCCUUAGACGCUAUUAAUAAAGAGUAG